ACACACUGUCCUCUCUCCACAUCCAUCACCGAGCAGCUUCACUGCAGUUGACCGCACGAGCCGGUGUCAGGCAGCUGCAGAGAAGAGGAAGAAGAAGAAGAGGAGGGAGGAGGUGAUGUUCUCUAUCAGCUCACUGUGACCAUUCAAUCAGCGAGGGUUUGAGCCUCUCCUCGGGCCUGGACUAUCUGCCCACUAUCUUAAAGCAAAAGGAACGAGCAGCUAACCUUCCUGACCUGACGCCUCACUCUCUUCCAGUCCCCACUGCCAUGGCCUUCACCUUGUCAGAGAUCAUGGCGGCGAGACGGCAGCAAUCUCAGGCUCAGUCACACGCCCAGCGAGGCAACAGGACGGCGGUGGAAGUGGAUGAAUAUAGCACCAACCCCACUCAGGCCUUCACCUUCUACAACAUCAACCAGGGACGCUUCCAGCCGCCGCACGUCCACAUGGUGGACCCAAUGCCCCACGACACGCCCAAGCCGCCUGGCUACACCCGCUUCGUGUGCAUCUCAGACACUCACUCCCGCACCGACAGCAUCCAGAUGCCGUAUGGAGACGUGUUCAUCCACGCCGGAGACUUCACCGAGCUUGGGCUGCCCUCAGAGGUCAAGAAGUUCAACGACUGGCUAGGUACCCUGCCCUAUGACAUCAAGAUAGUAAUCGCCGGAAAUCAUGAGUUGACCUUCGACCAGGAGUUUAUGGCUGACCUGAUCAAGCAGGACUUCUACUACUUCCCUUCUGCCUCCAAGUUGAAGCCUGAGAAUUAUGAGAACGUCCAGUCGCUGCUCACCAACUGCAUCUAUCUGCAGGACUCUGAGGUCACUGUGCGGGGCUUCAGAAUCUACGGCUCCCCCUGGCAGCCCUGGUACUAUGGCUGGGGCUUCAACCUGCCACGGGGUCAGGCUCUGCUGGACAAGUGGAACCAGAUCCCCGACAACACAGACAUCCUGGUCACACACUGCCCCCCACUGGGUUUCCUGGACUGGGUCCCAAAGAAGAUGCAGCGUGUUGGGUGCAUGGAGCUGCUCAACACAGUCCAGAGGAGAGUCCAGCCCAAAUUACAUGUGUUUGGACACAUUCACGAAGGUUAUGGCAUGAUGACAGACGGCACCACCACAUUCGUCAACGCCUCAGCCUGCACUGUCAACUUCCUGCCCAUGAACGCUCCCAUUGUCUUCGACCUUCCAAAUCCCAGGACCACAUGACUAGAGGAAGCUCGCCCCCAGUCACCUGCCGCCAAUCAAGAGAAAGGAGCCAGGAGAGGUAGGUGAGGUCGGUGGGCAGAGCAGAGCACGUUCUGUAAAUAUAAGGCAGCCGUGUGACACAUAUGCUACAUGCCUGGAGACGGAGCAGACUCGGUGAGGGACGCUCCCUAACGCUAUUAAUGUUAUUCUAUGUGCCAUCAUUUCUUCAUCUCAACACUGAGUCUAAAAGCAGAGAAAUGGACGAGCAAAGAGACGCUUUUAGAUGCAAACAACGGAUAUUUCUCUGUCCUCUUUUACUGCACUGACAAUCUGAUGUGGCUCUCAGACAGACAAAAAAGACACCCCGACGUCCCUGUUGGCCUUUUUCACUUCAUUUAAAUGAACUGUAAACAUUUGGACUCAAAGUGAAGCAACCCAACGCCUCGUCAACAUGAGAGUUUUGGUUAAGGCACAACUCAACAGCAGAACAUUUGCCUGGGGGAUUGUAACACAACUUUCCUCCCUUCCCACUUUUAAACAUUAAUUUCCUCAUUUCUCCCCCUCCAUCUUCCGCCUGUUUCUCUCCUCUCCUCGGGCCUGCAGCAUUAUGGAGUGUGUUCUUUUUGCCAGCGUGUGUGUGUGUGUGUGUGUGUGUGUGUGUGAGAUCAAAGUGAGUGUGUGAGGGCAGCAAGAGGUCUCUGCCAGGGGCUGUGUGAGUCGGGGUGUCAAACAUGUUGACACCACUCCCCUGGGCCUCAUUACAGCCCUCAUAAGCCUCUUAACCGGGAGAGAGGAGGACACUGAGGAAACUGCGCGCAGCACUUCCUUCCAUGCAGCUCCCCUUUCACCUUUUCUCCUCUUUUUCAUUUCUUCCUCCCUCUCCAUCCUUCAUGCUGUGAAUGAGUAGCACAGCUUUUCUGCACUGACUGAAAUUCCGAGCUUUAAGGACUUGGAAAAGACAGCAGGUAACACGCGACGUAAAGGUGCUACUUCUGGACAGUCAUUCUGAGCUGUGGUGAUUGUUUCAAGGACCCUCCCUCGUGUUGGGAGCGAUGGAACAUUUGAUCCUUUAUCAAAAGGAGUAAAGCUGUAACUACAUGUACUGUAACUGGUCUAUGUAAAUGUUCUCUGUCAAUGUAAAGAAAAAAAACUUGAAGAUUUCUUGAAGAUUUCCAAGUUGUUGCUAUGCUUUUCAAAAAAAAAAACCUUGUUAAUAUUUGUGGUUGUUACAUUUCCUUUGGUCUAUUUCUUAGUAAUGUAAAUGCUUAUUAUGGUAUUUCCUUCUCUGUGAAGCUGCUCGGCCCCAUUUUGUGAUUAUUAACUCUUUCAUGUCCCUUAGCAGUUUGUCUGUGUUUAAAAAAAGAAAAGAAAAAAAGCCUUUCAUUUUUUUCCUUUGCUCUAUUUUCUGAAUAAGGCCGUUCUCAGUGAGAGUCUGAAUGUGCUUAGCAUAACAAGACCACGUCACACUUUGAUCUUCCUGCUCUCCGACAUUAUGUAUGAACGUUCCCUGGGGCUGCAGUUUACUCCCACUUCACUCCGGCUUCCUCAGCACAUCAGCAUUCAUUGUGCCAGCUGAUGUCUUAAUGUUUCCAAAUAGGCAAAAGAGGAAAGAGCAGCAGAAUUGCUCACCAAGAAAACCAGUGUGUGUGGAUAAUGGUGGGAGGUGCGAGCAUGAACGUUGAUGCCUGAGUGUCUGUGCGUGUUAUG